AUGAAGAUUAUUGCAAGAUGUACGGUGAGACUUUUGCAACAAAUUUUGAAGAACAAUCCACAUAUAAAAUAUCAGCACGUUAUCGGAUUCAGCUUGGGAGCUCAAAUUGCGGGAACUAUAGCAAAAAUAUUGAAUGAAAAGAAGAUUGACAAACUCGAUAGAAUAACAGGUGAGUAAUACAUGGUAUAUAAUAUUAUUUUCAUAAAUUCAGUGUUAUAAUUUCAUUGCAAUAGUGAAAUUUACAGUUUAAAGAAAAAUUAUAAGACCUAAAUGAUGGCGGUGGUAAAUUAAUUGAAUGCUUAAAGUUUCCCAACAUUUUAUGAAAACAAUUUUGUAGUUAGAGAUACAAUCACGUUUUUAAUAUACAUACAUUUAAAAUGUGUAGGUUUAAGUAUAUCACAUACAACAGGAUAAAAAGUAUACCAUAAUUGAUUAAAAUUUGAUUUGAUAGGCCUAGAUCCGGCUUUACUUCGUUUUGAAAACGGAGGCAGUAUAUUGAACGCGGAUAGCGCAACCGUAGUAGACAUUAUUCAUACAAAUUCUGGGGUUUCAGGACAAAUUUUACCGAUUGGAACUGUUGAUUUUUAUGCCAAUGGCGGAAUCAGACAACCGGGUUGUGAAUACGAUUGUAAGUAUAUAUUUUUAAUCUUUGAAUAUCAAAGUAAAUGUCAAUUACGUAAAUGGUUGAAAUUUUCAGUGUAUCCGGUGUAUUGUCAUCACCAUAGAGCCUAUUAUUAUUUUGCAGAGUCGAUCAACUACAGAAGAUACAAUUAUGGAAUUUUCGCUAAUUUAUCUUGCUCUUGUUUGGCCAAAGAUUUUUCGUUGUUAGGUGGUGAUUUCGAAGACGUUCACGUAAGGGUCGGAGAAUAUCUCGAUUUAAAGUAAGUUUAUAUUCGUAACCCAAAUAAAGAAUUCACGGAUUAUAAGAUAUAUUUGUUCGGUUUUACAAACCAUUACAAACUAAUUAUUGACUUUUUUUGUUUUUGUUUAAUUUUUAGAACUCGAGGUGUUUACUAUUUUAAAACUAAUAGUGUUAUGCCUUUCGCUCUAAAAGUAUAG